CUGUCUGUGAUUAACCUUUAGCGAGUCAGACAGUGUGUUCAAUAAGGGGAGAUAGAAUUUCCUUUCUAGAAAAAAGCGAUCAAGGUUUUGUUAUCUCUUGGGUGAAGAAUGUAAAUAAAGGACCUUGCACAAUUAGCCAUGUCCACAUACGAUGCCCUGAGUGGUGGUGAGCUGACCGAAAACGGCCCUUAUAGUGCUGCUGUGAGGGGAACGGAAGAGAAGGACAGUGUCAUUAGGCCCACAGACCUCUCGGAACUCCUAAAAGAAGGAACAAAGGAAUCUCACCAGAAGGCAGAGAACACUACAUUUGUGAAAGAUUUUCUGAAGGGUCGGAUUAAGAAGGAAUUAUUUAAGUUGGCUACAGCUGCCUUAUAUUUCACGUAUUCUGCGCUGGAAGAGGAACUAGACCGUAAUAAAGAGGAUCCAGCCAUUGAACCUCUGUACUUCCCGCUAGAACUGCACAGGAAGGAAGGACUGAAUAAGGACCUCUGCUACUUCUACGGUGAUGACUGGGAGAACUCUGUCCGACCUUCUGAAGCCACUAUGGCUUACGUUAAGCGGAUCCAUCACCUCGGUCAGCACAGUCCAGCGCUGCUGGUGUCACAUGCCUAUACACGGUACAUGGGAGACUUAUCUGGUGGACAGAUCUUAAAAAAGGUGGCCCAAAGAGCUCUUCACCUGCCCAGCACCGGGGAGGGGAUCCAGUUCUACGAGUUUGAGAACGUCACUAAUGCCCAGCAAUUCAAACAGCUGUAUAGAGCCCGUCUCAAUGCUCUGGAGCUGGAUGCAGAGACCAAGGAGAAAAUUGUGGAGGAAGCAAACAGAGCUUUUGAGUUCAAUAUGAAGGUAUUUGAAGAGUUGGAGAAAGUUGGUGCCACACUUCCUGAUGAGGUGCCAGAUGGGGCCCUCCCUGUGCAUGAUGGGAAGGGAGAUAUCCGCAAGUGCCCUUAUUACGCAACUAUGCAAACAGGUUCAGAAAGCCCUUCGGGAUGCCCAUUCAAUGCUGCAAUGGCUCUAGCAAGACAGCCUCAAGUAAUACUAGCUGCUUGUGCUGCAGUCCUGGCUGCAGUCAUGGCUUGGUACUUCAUCUAACAAUUCACUCUUCAUCAAAACGGAAUAUAAGGGGAGCAGAUAUCCACAUUCUCAGGGGAGCAGUAAAAAGGACGCCUACUCCCUGAAUGAUAGACAAGAUAUCUCACCGGG